GAUGAACUGCUUUUUCUUUUCUUUUUUCCUUCUUUUCUUCCUCAUCAACCGCGUGUUUCUGCUUAUGCUUAUCUUCUCCCUCCCGACAAGCCCCUUCCAAGCCACCGACUUUCUCCCCCUUGAAAAACCCGAAUCUUCCCUCUCAACCCAGAAAAUCCCAAUUCUGCUCUGUUCCAUCCCCUGCAACCGACCGAAGCUCCCCGGCCACCGCCACCCAUUUCGGGCCGGGAACACCGGCAAAGCUUGGGGUUCUCCUUCUUUUCUUGCUCUAGAACACAAAUUGAACCCAGAAAUUCCCCCCCUGCCGAAAAAUCCGGAUCUGCUUUGCUCUGUCCACCGACUGCUCUUGUUGUGGGGGCAAAUUGCUUGGGUUUUGGCCCGUGAGCUUUCUUCUUCCAUGCCGCCGGCCUUCCCCCUAUCUGCAGCUCUGGUUUUAGCUGGAGAAUUAUGGACCAUAUCAAGUGGUGAAUGGCUUCACACAAUCCAAGACAAACAAAUGCCUCACUCACUUUCUAUGAAUAGACAUGGCCUACUACGCUUCCGCUGCGCCACUCUGAUAUCAAAUCACAACUAAUCUUAAAAAGCAGAACACUAAUCACUUAACAAGAUUUGCCAUCAAAUAAGCUACUAGAGGCUGGGGUAAUACGGAAAGCACAAGGAAUAGAAAUAAAUCCUGCCAAGGCCACAAAAGAAACAGUUGUGGGGUUACACUUUGAACCCAACACAAGACGAGUUGACAAAGAAUGGCAUGGAUUUAAAGACGAAUACAACAAAACUUUGAACUCUAUCAAAGACGGAUAAGCAUCCAAUGGAUAUAUGGAUUAUGAAUGAACGAACAAGUACAUGGAUGCCUUAUAAAUUCUGCCACAAAACAAGGUUAACCAAUAAACAAGCUCAUGUUUAACAAAGCAAAUGGGAAUCAAGAAACAAAUUUUAGCAAUUAACAAGAGUUAAAAGCUAGGGCCAUCAAAAGACAUGUAAGAAUCUCAAGAAUUGCAACAGAAUAAAAUCAAUGGAAAAUA